AUGGCCAUCGCAAAGCCCGUGCGGUUCCUAGGGGCACUGUCCGUGGUUCUGGUCUUCUUCCUCAUUUAUCAGUAUCUGCAGCCGGUCCCAACAAUUGACACCCCAGGCACCGUGGUCGGCAAUGGCGACAAGAUUGAGAACUGGGAGCAGGACCCUCUUCUAGAGCCAAUCGGCGAGCCGCCUGAACCAUUAUGGCGACACACGGACCACGACUAUGCCCCCGAAAGCCCCAACUCGGCGCGCAUCAAUGCUACCCUCCUCUCUCUCGUCCGUAAUGAAGAACUCAAUGAACUUCUUCCGACCAUGAGACAGCUCGAAGAGACGUGGAACUCCAAAUUCAACUAUCCGUGGACCUUCUUCAACGAUGUCCCGUUUACCGAAGAAUUCAAACAAGCCACCCAGGCUGUCACAAAGGCCAAGUGUGCCUACCAUGUAAUUCCGAAAGAGCAUUGGGAUAUGCCUUCCUGGGUCAGCCAGGAACUUUACGAGGAGUCUGCGAAGAUUCUGAAGGAGAACGAUGUCCAGUACGCGGGGAUGAUAUCAUAUCACAAAAUGUGUCGAUGGAACAGCGGCAUGUUCUAUCGCCAUCCGGCGCUCGAAACCGUCCAAUACUACUGGCGCGUCGAGCCAAAAGUCAAGUUUUUCUGUCACGUCGACUACGACGUGUUCCGCUACAUGCACGACCACAAUAAGACGUACGGCUUCAACAUCAAUCUGUUUGACUCGCCGGAAUCCAUCCCUUCUCUAUGGCCGGAGACGAUCAAAUUCCUCGCUGCCCAUCCAGAAUAUCUCCACAAGAACAACGCCAUGGCAUGGCUGGUGGACAACACCCGCAGACCGGAAAACAACAUCAAGGCACAUGGGUACAGCACCUGUCACUUCUGGUCCAAUUUCGAAAUCGCCGACUUGUCGUUUUGGAGGAGCCAGAUCUACGAGGACUAUUUCACUCACCUGGAUCGGAGCGGGGGGUUCUUUUAUGAGAGAUGGGGCGAUGCCCCUGUCCACAGCAUUGCAUUGGGGCUUUUUGAGGACGCCAGCAAGAUUCACUGGUUCAAGGAUAUCGGAUACAACCAUAUCCCAUUCUAUAACUGUCCCAACUCACCUAAAUGUAGUGGGUGCACGCCCGGGCAGUUUUACGCCGGCGAAUCUUGGUUGCAGCGAGAAGACUGUCGACCGUUAUGGUUCAAGUAUGUUGGAAUGGGCUGA